AUGUUUUACCCACUACUUGCAGCCCUGGUUGGCCUGCUCCCUUUCACAGUAGCUUCGCCAACCCCAGUCGAUUACACUACCAACAUGGUGUCCCCAUGCAUUUCGGAGGAAAAUAUAGGGAAUAAGCUGGUUUUCUGUCAUUUCAUGAUUGGCAUCGUCAGCAAUCGCCAAAGCCCCAGGGAUUAUGAUGAUGACAUGAAACGUGCCAAGAAGGCAGGUAUUGAUGCCUUUGCAUUGAACAUCGGCACAGACCCUUACACCGACACCCAGCUGGGCUAUGCUUAUCAAUCUGCCGCGGACAAUGGCAUGAAAGUGUUUAUCUCUUUCGAUUUUAAUUGGUGGCGUCCCACCCAGGGCAGCGAAGUCGGGGCCAAGAUUGCACGUUAUGCGAGUCUUCCCGCGCAGCUCAAGGUCGAUGGCAGAGUCUUUGUAUCAUCUUUCGCAGGCGAUGGUGUCGAUAUUGGGGCAAUCAGAUCAGCGGCUGGCAGUGAUAUCUUCUUUGCGCCGAAUUUCCAUCCAGGUCAGGGUGACUUCGGUAAUGUCCAGGGUGCUCUGAAUUGGAUGGCUUGGAACAGCAAUGGGAAUAAUAAGGCUCCGACUCCUGGGCAGAGUGUGUCUGUUGCAGAUGGCGAUCGAGCUUAUCAGAAUGCUCUGCAGGGAAAACCAUACAUUGCGCCUAUUUCGGCUUGGUUCUCGACACAUUUCGGUGGUGAGGUCUCUUACAGCAAAAACUGGGUAUUCCCCUCUGAUCUUCUCUGGUAUAACCGAUGGAGAGAGAUCCUCGAUCUCAGUCCUCGCUUUGUGGAGAUUAUCACCUGGAACGAUUAUGGCGAGUCGCACUAUAUUGGGCCACUAUCGUCACCGCACACAGACGACGGUGCCUCAAAAUGGGUGAUGGACAUGCCACACAACGGUUGGCUCGAUAUGGCAAAGCCCUUCAUCGCGGCCUAUAAAGCAGGCUCGAAGUUGCCGAUCAACUUCCUCGAAGAAGAAAAGCUGGUAUACUGGUACCGGCCAACUCUAAAAAGCGUCAAUUGCGAUGCAACCGACACAACAAUGCAAGGGAAUCCCAACAACGCCAGCGGAAACUUUUUCCGCGGCCGCCCUGAUGGCGCCGACACGAUGAAAGACGAGGUGUUCAUCGUCACGAUGCUAAAGACGCCUGCAACUGUGCGCGUGCAAUCAGGCAAUCAUGUCGAGACCUACCAGGCGCGCGAGGGGAUCUGGCCGCACUCGGUGCCAAUGGGUGUGGGCAAGCAAAGUUUCACGGUUACUCGCGGUGGCCAGACUAUUGAUGCUUUGUCCGGCACGAGCUUGAGGGAUAUUGCCGACACGUGCAUCUGCGGCAUCUACAACUUCAAUGCCUAUGUUGGCACUUUGCCGGCGGAGGCCUCUGUAGACCGGCUGCAGCCGGCUGGGCUGACUAUGUUGUCACGAGGCUUGCAGGUCGCGUGUCCGGUUAACACUCUUGGUUGA